CCCACCGAUUAGAGUCUGGAGUGUGUGGAGACAUAAAAUGUGGAGCCUUCAAAAUACGAGCAGCUCGUGACACGCAUGGUUGAACUCAGAGGCCCCCGCACGCAGAGGGAAACACAUGCAUUGUUUAUUUCUUCCCCCCCCCUUUGCUAUCCCUCUUUCUCCAGAAUGAGCUGAAAGCUGAUGCGCAGACAGUGCGGGAGAGGAGGUUUGGAUGUGCGCAACGGAGCACGAGUGCCACUGCGGGCACGGAGCGCUCUGUAGCCGCUCAUCAGCGCGUUUUACUCCCGCUGUAAAAGUCUCUUCUUCCUCAUCCUCCAUCCCGCUCACAGCCCGACAAAGGUAGAGAUCUGGGGGGGAAAAACUCUUGUGGAACCUGUUGUCUUGCUCUGAGCUGUUGCGUGCUUGGAAUAUAUAUAUUUUUUAUUGUCUUUUUUUUGUUCCUGUAACAAGUGAUGAGUUGAUCCUGGAGCAAAGCAGCUGGAGAGGGAACUGAAGCGCCAGGUGUUGGUUUGCGCUGAUCUGCGCACUGUGAGAGCAACAUUUCAUAACUUGACGCUCCUCCGCGCUGCUCCGUGACCCUCCCGUCUUAUCGGCGACUCAGCACAUUUUUUUUUCUUCUCUCCCCCCCGAUGAGGAUGUCCUCUGUUUGCGAGGAAGAUUUGAGGAUUUCACACAAAUGGGGAUCUUUUGUGCGAGAGGGAUGGCUGCUAAAAAUAGGCUGGCUGCUGAUGAGGCUACAAUGAACAGGUUGGUGUUUAGCUGAAACUUAGAGCCAGGAUGCUCAGCGAUAGGACAUUUUAAAUCACAGCACAGACAAAGUGAGAGUGGAGCAUCGGAGGAAAGAAAAAAAGCAAGAAAAAAAAGAAGAAGAAGGAGCCAUUAACGACUAUUUAAUUGAUUGGAAGAAUUCAACUCAGAUCAGCAUUGUUCACUUGUGGGGAAUAGAGACCAACAGGCGAUCUUGGAAGCAGCUUGUUGAUGGCACUGCGCACCGGGAGGACUUGGUUUGGGCAGGUCUUGCGCAGGGUCUUUCGGCUGCAGGGCUCCUGGUCCAGGCGAUCGAGCAGUCUCUUGUGUCUCUCCGCAAACCAGGAGCAGGACCUGGGCUUCUGUCACCGGGAUCACCACAAGGCGGGGGGUUACCACCGCUGCUCCGACUCCGGCGUCCACCGCGACCACCGUCACCGGAGCGCACCUUUCUGCGCCUCCGCCUCCAGGCGCCGUCCACACGGCUUCCCCCACGCUUGCUGCGCCUUCCCGGAGAAUCCGAGGGGACAUGAGCCCCUCGGUCGCCGGUUCCUGUUGGCCAUGAAGCGGCAAAACGUGCGGACCCUGUCCCUGAUCAUUUGCACGUUCACGUACCUGCUGGUCGGGGCCGCCGUCUUUGACGCCCUGGAGUCCGACUUCGAGAUGCGGGAGAAAGAACAGCUGGAAGCCGAGGAGAAGCGUCUCCAGGGGAAAUAUAACAUCAGCGAGGAUGAUUACCGCAAACUGGAGACCAUCAUCAUGGAGGCUGAGCCCCACAGAGCCGGGGUGCAGUGGAAAUUCGCAGGGUCAUUUUACUUUGCCAUCACGGUCAUAACCACCAUAGGGUAUGGGCAUGCUGCGCCGGGGACCGACGCAGGGAAGGCCUUUUGCAUGUUUUAUGCCGUCCUGGGAAUCCCUCUGACUCUUGUCAUGUUUCAGAGUCUGGGUGAGAGGAUGAACACUUUUGUCAAGUACCUCCUGAAGCGUAUCAAGAAGUGCUGCGGCAUGAGCAUCACCGAUGUGUCCAUGGAGAACAUGGUGACCGUAGGAUUCUUCUCCUGUGUGGGCACGCUGUGCAUCGGGGCUGCUGCCUUCUCCCACUAUGAGGACUGGAGCUUCUUCCAGUCAUAUUAUUACUGCUUCAUCACAUUAACAACUAUAGGCUUUGGGGACUUUGUGGCCCUUCAAAAGAACCGGGCCCUCCAGAAGAAGCCCCUGUAUGUGGCCUUUAGCUUCAUGUAUAUCCUGGUGGGCCUGACGGUCAUCGGGGCCUUCCUCAACCUGGUGGUGCUCCGCUUCCUCACUAUGAACAGCGAGGACGAGCGGCGCGACGCCGAGGAACGCGCCUCGCUAGCUGGCAACCGGAACAGCAUGAUCAUCCACAUCCAGGACGAAUCACUGCCACGGGGCCGGCGGCGGCGCGAGCCGUACCGGGCAGAAGUGACUGAUUUACAGUCAGUCUGCUCCUGUAUGCACUACCACUCGCAUGACUUCGGCAGCUCUGGGGGAGGGAUGGGAGGCCUGGGCUGUGCCUUCUCCCAUCAGAACUCGUUCAGCUCGCAGCUGAAUCCCAAUCAGUACUUUCACUCGGUUUCCUACAGGAUCGAGGAGAUCUCGCCCAGCACCUUGAAAAACAGCUUCUUCCCUUCGCCCAUCAGCUCGGUGUCUCCGGGCCUUCACAGCUUCACAGACAAUCACCAGCUCAUGAGGAGAAGGAAAUCCAUCUAAACCCUAACACAGAGAGGACAAAUGAGUUUCCACGUUUUAUACACAAGGUCAAACAUUUCCAAUGCUGCUCCUUACCAAAUCUUAUUUCAGCACUUUUUUUUCCCUUUUUAUUAGUUGUAUGUAAUAUAAAAAGUAUUCUUGGGAACAGAUGAAGAACACUACGCAGAACAGCAAGCGUGGACACAAUGGGAUGCAAAGCAUGAAGCAUGGAUGUCUAUUUUUUCAAGAGAUUGCUCCAUUUACACAAACUACAAGACCUUCCUUAUUUCAGAUUUACAGUACAAAAUUGAUAUGAAUUGAUAACUUUGGUUACAUACCAAAUGAUGCACACUUGGGGGAAAUGCUAUUUUUCAAAAGGGAGUAUGCUUGUUUCACCUUAACUUGAAGAAACUUUUGCCGUUAUGUACUAUUCCAUUGCCUCACUGCAGACAGAGAUUUUAAAAUGACUUAAAGCAUCAGGUAUUGUUUUCUAUAAGCAAUCAUAUAUUUCAAUGGUUUCACCACACAUCAAGCCAAAAUAUUGUUGCCAAUGUUAGCAUGUGCAUUAGAUGUCAUUUAAUGAGUGUGCCAUGGUUUUGUGACAUUUGUCUGUUUAUAGAACAGCUGUACGAAGGCCAUCUAUUUGUCUAGGAUUUAAAGGAUCAUGCUGCUGUUAUUGAUAUUUCCCCCUUAUCUAGAGUCAGAAAUCGGGCCACACGAACUUCAAUUCCACCUACAGCGUUUUUCACAAUGAGAGUUUAAACCUGACUAAAAGGAAAAUCCACCCUCUCCACUACGCUAGUAACCACAUUUACCAACUAUGGUUUGCUUUGUUUCCCAUUGACAUUCACAGUGAAUAUCAGUUCAAUCAAUGAAAGUGCACUCCUCCUCUACAUUAAUAAUUCUACACAGAUACUCUGCAAUCUUGCAGGGAUAACACCACUGUAAGAGAGGCACAGAGACCAGUUCCUUCAUUUACAGUUGCCUUAAUAGAUGAGAAUGCAGUGCAGCUAAAGACAUCAAACAAAAUGGUGAUUCAGUGAUGUAGUAUUCCAUGAACAUGGGGGAGACGAGAGAGGGAUAAAACUAGAAUGGCACUCAGUAGAGUGCAUACCUCUGCCAAGGCCCAACAGUCCCCUGUCAUUCAGUCAAGACUGAUCCAAUAUCAAACCUGUUAAGUCUUAAGCGACCUAUAACUACGGAACCAUAAUUUAAGCUGAUCAUAUCUAGCAUCCAAAUCAAAUUGUACUUACUCAGUUUUUUUUUCACCAACAUCUGUGCAUUAUUCCCUGAGAAAUUAACGAAGAUAUAGAUGUUUUUCAUCAUUAAAAGAAGAGAGAAAAAAAAAUCCCAGAAAUUCCUUCCCUUUAUCCGGAUCUGCACCAAGAGUUAAUGGGGUCCAUAGUAGGCUGGGACCCAUCCUCCAUCCAAAUUAUGUGUAAAUCCAACAAACAAACAGACUUGGGUCACAACACAAUCUCCUUGGCAGACAAAAAUGGUAGAGAGGCUGAGAUAUCCUGCAUUUCAGUUCCCAGUAUGGAUCAAGCUCUAAAAAGACUAGAUCCUUCGCAUGAUGUGACUCACUAGCAUCAUUCAUUAGAUCCUCACUGCCUCCUAAAUGACAUUUUUUUUGCAAACCUUACACCUUCAGUUUCUAAGUUUCAAACCUAAACGGAGAUAACCUUGAUAACAUCACUAUGACAUCAUUGUGGUUUUUUUCCCAGCUUGUUGAAUACUGACGCUUCGGGAUUGUGGGUGUGUUCGGCCACCAUAUAGUUUCGGUAUUUGACGAGUUGGAGAUGUAAAGAGCUCCCUGCAGAGCCACAAAAAGACAGUUUACGACUCUAAAAUUGGUAUAGUGCCCCUUUAAGGUUGUGUUGUGACUGGGUUCACGAGAUCACUGCAUGAAUGUCACAUUUAGAACUGAAUAUGGUGACCUCCCUUUCAAUUUUGCCCAGUGGCCACUUGCAGCAAUGCAGCUAAAAUUCCCCUGUGGCCCACAGAGCAUCAUUAUAAACGAGACCUCUGCAGGAGAAAGUCUACAGCAUUACCAGUAAGCAAACCUGGAAGACAGAAACUUUUUGGCUUAUGCACCAGGGCAGGCAAUUCGUGCUGGAUUGGCUCUGAAAUCCAGUUCUAAAUAAUAAACACAUGAAUCACUGUCAUGUGGCCAGAUAGCUGAACCUUUGAUUUGGUGCCACAAGUUCUCACGAUCUUUUCAGAAGCAUUGUUUGACUAGUUCGGGCCAAUGAUUUGGGUCGUGGGGAGUGAAUUCACAGGUUUUUGGAAAAUUAUCAAACAACUCAAAUGAGUGAAGUAAAUGUCAUGGUGUGAUGAUACAACUCAGCGCAAGAGGAUCAGAAGGUGGAUUUCUCCUUUAAGCAGCGACCAAAGUGCAAUGAAAUGACUCCAGCUGAAUUCAUAAGCAGUGUAAAUUUUAAUCAAAGGCCGUGCAUGAUCGCGCUCCAAAGUCCUGCGUAUUGCGUUAUGCAUGCCCGUAGCAUCUGACCCCGAGUCUGCUGAUGAAACCAGCUCAGAUCUAAACGACGCAGCACCGAGAGCGGAGCUCUGCGCGGCGACGGAGAAGCAUGUAGAUCUAAACUGACACCUCUCCAAGUAUGGAUGCACUUUGGAGCCAUUAAGGAAGCACAACCUGAUAAACGCAUCAACAUGGAAACGAGCAGGAACAGCGACGAUGAGUUAAUGCGAGGGGACGGAUGAAGAUCACAGAUAAGAACAGCUGAAUAACAUCAGUAUGAUCCUUUCAGUUUCUGUAAAAUAUUCGAAGGGGAAAAGGGAUCAGGAUGUUUUUUGUUUUUUUUUUAUGUUUGCAAGAGUUGAUUAGUGCAUGAACUUUGUAUGAUGAAUGGGGAAAUGAUUUCAAAAUAACUUAUCUAAAGUAUCUUAAUGGCAAAUACUCUUAAGAAUGAUUCACACCAUGAGCUGUUUCUUUUGCCAAAGUCUUUUUUUCAUUCAAACUGUACAAUAAUGUUUGUUCUCAGGUUUGAAUGAACCACCUUUUUGUUGUUUUGCUCCUAUAAUGAACACAAUCCCAGAAGUGCAAGUGCAUUGGCCAAACAAUACAAUGUACAUAUCGAAUUUUCAUUCCACAACAGCAGGAAUUUUCCAAAAAAACGCGACUGAGAUGCAUCAUCUCACUGAGGCCUGUGUGAUCCUGAUCCUUUUUGAGAGCCACAUGUAAGCAAGUCUGGUUAUUUAUGUUGAUCACAGGCCUUUUUUCUUAAAGCCCAAUGCGCCUUUUUUUGUCACAGCUGGCCCAAUGCUAGCGUUUUCACUCUCACUGAGCUCCAAAAUUAAGCAGGAUUGAAGCUAUAAACAUCAUUUCUAAAUGCUUUUUAAGAUGUCAAUGUCUU